AUGAACGAAGACAGUGAUACAAGUGCAAUAUCUGAACGAACCAUCGGGCGCCAAAUCAAUUCUUCAGCCUUUCGUUGGAAUGACCCGCAUACGCUGGUGUCGGAAAUGGAAGACACUGCAAAUGAGCAUACGCCACUGUGGCCAGAUCGGACGCAUUCUUACGACACAAUCACAGAGCCGCGCAAGGAAGUUUCGACAGGCCAAGAAGCUAUCGAGGCUGUGAACCACCGGUGGAUCGCAUUGCGGUCGCGCAUGAACGUGCUCAAAGACAAGACCGUGUCAGCCUGGGAUAGGCCAUGGAAGUGGCUCCAAACGCUUGGCAGCAUGACGCCGAAAGACUGGGAGAAGGCUCUUACUGAGCCAGUGCGCCUCAUUCCAGCUGUGAUCUUGGGACUGUUUCUCAAUAUCCUAGAUGGUGUAUCGUACGGAAUGAUCACAUUUCCUACCACCAUGCCAAUCUUUGCGAAUUUCGGUGGCGAUGGUGUUUCGAUGUUUUUUGUAACUUGUAUUAUAUCUCAACUAAUCUAUACUCUGGGUGGCUCCAUUUUCAAAGGAGGUAAUGGCAGCAUGAUGAUUGAGGUGGUGCCGUUUUACCAUAUUCUUGUGAAAGAUAUUGUGCGUGUGGUGGGCGAAGAUAAUGGCGCGGCAAUAGUCCCGACCACGAUGGUUGCCUUUGCACUCUCAUCCAUUCUCACUGGUUUGCUGUUCUUACUUCUGGGCGUCUUCCGUCUUGGAGUGCUAAUUAGUUACUUCCCUCGCCACAUCCUAGUAGGUUGCAUUGGUGGGGUUGGUGUCUUUUUGAUGGAGACAGGUUUUUCUGUCUCGGCGCGCAUUGAAUCGGAGGGUGGCUUCAAGUACAACUGGGAUACAAUCCGACAGCUGACAGUCAACAUUGAAACGAUUCUGCAAUGGCUAUUUCCCCUUGGCCAGGCCGUGUUGUUGAACGUGAUUGCCUCACGAUGCAAACAUCCAUUGCUCAUUCCAGCAUACUUUUUGUCGGUCUUUGUUCUGUUUUAUUUCACGACGCUUGUAGUCUUGCGUAUGGACAUGUCUGACUUAUGGAGCCGUGGUUGGGUCUUCGAUAUUCAAGAAGCAGCGCAUGCGCCCUUCUACCGUUUUUACACGUACUUUGACUUUGGACAGACGAGCUGGAAAGCUAUUUGGGCAUCAAUGCCGACACAAAUGGCCCUCGUUUUUUUCGGUAUUUUGCAUGUGCCGUUGAACGUACCGGCGCUCGGUGUGAGUGUGGGUGAGGACAACGUCGAUACAGACCGCGAACUCGUGGCACAUGGCAUUUCGAAUAUGACCGCCGGCUUUCUCGGGACGGUUCCGAACUACCUUUGCUACGUAAACUCUGUCCUGUUCUACCGUGUCGGGGGAGGCUCGCGACUCAGUGGCUUGAUGCUCGCUGGAGCAACCCUGGUGAUUCUGCUUAUGGGCCCAAGUCUCAUUGGCUACCUCCCGAUCAUGGUUGUUGGUGCACUGAUUUUCGUGCUGGGACUCGACUUGUUCCGUGAGGCUGUAUGGGACACGUGGAAUCGUGCGAGUCGACUCGAGUACCUCACGAUUCUGGUCAUCAUUGUGGUGAUGACACUCUCGGACUUUGUGGUUGGCUGCUUGGCCGGUAUUUGCCUGGCAUGUGUUUUCUUCGUGAUGCAAACGUCGCGACGAAAUGCGGUACGGACCGUGUUCUCUGGACGUGCAGCCCGAAGCACGGUUCGUCGGCAGCUCACGCAGCGGCGGUUUCUAGACGAUGUCAGCAAUCAGACACAGGUUUUAAAACUGCAAGGAUCGUUGUUUUUUGGCACAAUCAAUUCUAUCGAGACACUAGUUCGCAAGAUGCUUGACUUGGCCGAUUGGCAACACUAUCCGAUAAGCUUUCUUAUCAUGGACUUGGGUCUGGUGCAUUCCAUGGAUUUUUCGGCGGUUGAGGCCAUGACAAGAAUUCACCGCAUGCUCAUGAUGCACGGUGUGCAUUUGGUAUUUUGUGGUUUGAGUUUGGAGGGGGAUGUGGCAUCUGCCUUGCAGAGUGUAGAUCUAUGGGCUGACGAAGCGAAGCAGGUGGACGUGUUUGCCUCUUUGAACGAGGCUCUCGAGUGGACAGAAAAUGAGUAUUUGCGCGGCUUGUAUUCGUCGAAUUUGACGGCGGCGACACACCUGAGGCAGGCCACUAUGUCAGGCCCCAGCGCCCUUCGACUCCCUAACGUACAGCGCAAACCGACCAUUGAGCUGGAUGACACAGUGCAGGAUUCACCACGCUAUCAACAUCUACACGAGGCGGCCGAACGUGUCACACAGGACAUACAAGCGCACAUCAAGACCGGGUCCGCACACAAGGUCACUGAUGCAUGA